UUUUGCUACCAGAAACGCCAUUAAAUAACUUAAAAAAGUAACUUCCAAAUGUCAUAACGAAUAUGGGAAUAAGUACAAAUAGCCAUGAAAAGAUCGAUAAAGAAACCCAAUCACCGCUGUUGAAGAUAUUUAAAGAAAUUAUGACGAGGGAGAAAGAUGAUCCCGAAAAAAGAAAUCUCCUUACGGAGCACAAAGAAGAUAAAAAGAGACGACAAUAUUCCGGAUCCAGAAGCAAAACUGAUCGAAGAUCCUGUGAAUCGAGCAGCUCAGAACAUCGCAAAAGAAGUGGACAGCAGCACGUUUACAAGUCCUCGUCCACGGAGCACAGAGACUUCAAGCCCAGGACUCAGAGCAUACCUUACCAAAGUGAAAAGAAAGACAGUUGGUGGUUCUGGUCUUUCUAUUCCCAGCAAAAUACCAGAGAGCCUACGAAGAAACCACCGCCUGAAGAAACAUGCUCGUGUGUGUCUUGCGCUUUCUGUAACAGACUCAAGAAAGUGGUGAGUACGGAGUACGCCUGCGUCAUCUGUCUCCUUCUCCUGUUUACCAUCACCAUCGUUGUGGCCUUCCUCAUCGUCUUCAAGAGCGUUCCCAUGGGGGACAAAGAGUGCAAGUGCAAGACCACUACAACUACUACAACUACUACGUGCAAACCGACUACGACAACUUGCAAACCGAAGUGUAUGUGUGAUAGCGAGAGAUUGAAGAGGAAGAUUGAGAUGCUCAAUGAGAAUAGGAAGGAUAUGAUGAUUGAUGACUACAAAAAGAAUGAGAAAAAAUACGAUGAUCCGUUGUCCAAGCAAUAUGGUAUCCCGGGCGUGGCUGGAAUAGAUUUCGGACCAAGUUUUCGUGAAUUGAAUUCCUUAGAAGAGUCGGAUAGUAAGAUGUCAAGUGAGAUCGACUGGUCGAACGUUCUGGAUUCCGACAAGAAUACAGACUUUCAGAGUGCUGAAAAACUAAGAGAAUUCUACAAGAAACUAGUUCAAACAGAUGCAAAAAUAAAAACGCUAAAAAGACUCAGCGUACAAAAUGACCCACCGUACAUCGAUGACGAUUUUAUGGCAAAACCUCCUGAAAGGGCCAAGAGGUCACUCAAAAUCAACAAACACCCACCACGCUAUGUCAUCAGGCAUAGAAGAUCAGUCUUUAAUAAACACCAUAAUAUUAAUGAGAAAAGAAAAGCAAACGGCACAAGAAUGAAAAGAUUUGGCGCCGACCCUGAAGAACCAACAGGCUUUGUUAUAGAAAAGAAGAAACUUAUAGUACAAUACAAACCAGUAGCUAAAACGAAACUACCAGUGAAAAAGUGUUCGCACGCACCAAAAGACCAAAUUUCACACACACAUGAGAAUCAGCUAAAACAUCCUUUUUACAAAAAUACUCAACGACUAGACGAGUUACUAGAUAGGUUUUUGAAUAAGAAUCUACCUGAACUAAUGACUGAUCCUUUUGGUUUAGACACGCUUUUCAAUAAAGACAAAGAAAAUAAACUUUGUAAACAUCCGAAUCCUGCGAAAAAUGUUAAUAUUAUUGGUAGAGAUCAGCUGGUUGAUCAGAUACCAAAACCGAGGCUGAAAUAUAAGAAGGUGAAUGUAGUUGAAGAUAAAAUGGGUACACAGUCGGCAGAUCUGGUGAAGAUGCUGAAGCCAGAAGCUUCGACACAGUAUGAGAAGGCAUUCUAUAAUCAUGAAGCUGAAAUGAUGGGACAAGAGAAACAGAAGAUUGUCACUUCUAGUCCUAGUGACUUUGAAGUUUUGCUCAGUGUUUCGACAAUUAUGAACCCUGAUCUAAAGAAAACUGGGAAGGUCCAACCUACCCAACCGUAUAGGGACAAGGAGCCCCUUAUAGAUAAAGUGCCGAACAUCAGAAGACUGAUGCAGCUUGAAACUGGUGAAGAUGAUGAGAAUCUGGGUUACGAGGACUUUAAAGAAGUACUGACGGAUGAUAUGGAAGGCCAUGAUGAUAUGGAUAAGGCUGGGGAUAGGAGGAAGAGGAUGAAUAAUUUGCAGGACCAACCGGCAACGCCGAAUGAAAAAGUGAAGUAUAAUCCUCCUGGGGUUCAUAACCCGAACUGGAAAGGUCCGAUGCCUUUGUACCCUGAUGAGCUGAACUCCAUGAUCAGGCAUUCUGCUCUUAACGUUAAUAAGGUCGACAGUCCCCCAAAAACGCAUGAAAUCCAAUCAGUAUUCUUACAAAGGAAGGGCCGAGAUUUAUCAGACGUUGAAUACGUAGAAGACUACUUAAAGAAUAAAUAUGAAAGUCUAGUUGAAAUGGCUCAAGCAUACAGUGAUUAUGGCGUAUUAGAUGGUAAAAAAGAUGCUAGGAAUGAGAAAAACUCGCCAUCUGAAGCAACGGCUACUGAUCAUAGAAUCAAACUGUCGGUAGAUGAUGGUUCUUACAAAGCUGGUCUACUCGGGAGACUCAAAAGAGGCAGACUCCCAAACUUACUGAAGACCACCAGUCCUGGCGUUCGUCUGCAGAGGACUGUCUUGGAAGAUGAGAUGGCAGAUACCAGUACUCAGCAGACCGCAAACAUUGCUAGUGCAAUUUACUACACCAGCCCAUACAACUCGGAAGGCAUAAGAUUCGAAUUACGACCAACAACCAAAGCAAGAGAAGACGAUGCCAUGAAUGUUAUCAGAAUGCUCUCAAAACAUCUCAAAAUCAAAUCGAGCUCCAAAUCCAAUUUCAAAGUACAAAACAGCAAAGAUAACGCAAACGCCAAACAAACCAGUUUCAUACAUUCUACUCUAAUCUCUUCAUACCCAGAUAUGGAAUUGGUUUACAGUACUAAAUCUAAUAGCUAUAAGACUACUGAAUCCACAACUAUGCAAGAUUUUAAAAGCCCAGAGGACGACAGUGAGAGCGGUGGACUAAUUUUUGCUCUCGGCAGAGGCAAGAGAAAUCUUCUGUCUACUGAUUUUAAUGACUACCCCGAUGCUAAUUUCUACAGGACAGGCACUCUAGCCAAUGGAAGUGCUUAUGAUCAAUUUGUUGAUAAAUUUAACAUGAAACAGGACAUGUACAAUGCGACAUAUGAAAAUGAUCUCGAACCCUACAUUGAAAGAGUUACACAGAAUAAUAUCGAGGUUUUUAGUACUGCUCAUCCAUUUUUAGCGAAUUAUAGUGUACACGAACAGAUUGUAACUUCUGCGACUACAGUGAGACAGAUUAAUGAUGCUGAUAGUAAUGCUGCUAACCUUUCAGCAGCAGAUACUAUAAUAACAAUCAAUAACAGUGAAAUAAGACGAGAUUUUUGUUCAGGCAAUGGUUUUCUAGGAAAAAUAUUACUAACAGUAAAAAACCCUGUCAUAGGAGUUGAAAAUGUAGAUGUCCAAUUUGAUUUACCUAUAAUAAUUAACUUCAAUGAUGAACUGAUGAUGAUGAAUGAUAAUAUAAAUUUCCCGUUUGAACUAUUUACGGAAUCACCGGAUUUAAGUGAGACGGAAUUCGAUUCAUAUUUCGGGACGGUACUUGAUAAUAUUUUGGAUACCAAAAGCUAUUUACCAAACAUGAGAAAUAGAAGAGAGAGUAAAAUUACAGCCACAUUGGUGACUGUAUCGAAUGGUACAAAAAUAUCUUUUGAUAAUCCAACGAAUGUUACUGAUAUUGAAGAUUCAGCAGAUACAACUACUCCAGUGAUACCUGAUAAAACAACUAAUGUUACUGAAAAAACUACUACUAGUACAAUGAAUGUUACUGAAACAACAACUCCUAAGACUUCAAGUGGUAACGAAAGUACCACAAUUUGGACCACAAAUGUUACUUUAAGAACUUCUCCUGACUUACCUGCAAAUUCCACUGGAAAAUAUUCAGUAAAUUACAGUAUAUCGCUGAAACCUGAUAGGUCUAUUCGUUCAAGUGAAUCAGAGAAUAUGACGCUAAGUGAUUUCUUUUCAAUGGUCUCUGAUUGGUUCAAAGCGCUAGAAGGUGUUAAGUUAGAGAAACGGAAAGAGGAAAGUGAUUCUCGUCCGGAACGCUCAGACAUGAUAAUAUUUAUAAAUAGCUCCAAUGAAUCUAACUUAACAACAACAGAACCUACAUAUGCCGUGUACGAUACUGAAAUGAUUGAGAACAUCGGCCAUCGGUCCAGGGUUCUACUCUCCGUUGAUGAUGAUGACAAACAGCCGAACAUAACAAGAGAAAUGACUACUUUUGAACAUACUAAUAUAACAAGCGUCAGAAUAUUGCCCAUCGAUGGUAAUGACGAACCUAUGAACAUAACAUCAAUGGCACCAAUUUUAUCUAACAUUAAAAUCAACGUAACUGCUAUAACAAGCAAGGCUCCCAAAAAUACCUUUACCCAAGUAACUAAGAAAAAAGCGAAUCGAAAAGCCGUCUUCAAGAGAAAUGCUGAAGAUAGUAAUUUAAUAUUUUGGAAUGAUAUUUAUGAUGACGAGUAUGGUAUACAGAAUGAUAAAUUGGAUAAUUCUAUCAGAGACAAACACUCUGUGAAGGAGAAUGAUUUUAUUAAGAGAUCAGGCAGAUGGGUACACGACAAAAUAAAGAAAUUUGCUGAAAACCUAAAGAUAAAUCCACACACUGAUGAAGUGCCGAUCCUGAGAGCUGAUGAAACUGUCAAGCAGCGGAUGCGAAGAUCUGUCAAGCGACGUGGCAUGGUCACAUAUCCUAGGUACAUCUAUGAUAGACUUUAUGAUCAUAGAAGAGAAGCCGACGAGGAGGAAGAAGAUUACGAUGUAGACCAGAAGACCAUAUUCACGCAGCUGUCUGCCAAUAUGAAGAAUGUUUGCAAGCAAGCAGCUAAGGCAGUUGAACAGACGAGAAACGUGCCAAAUUCUAAUGACAACCCAAAAGCCGGCAGAGAAGAAAAUACUCAAGGAUCGAUAGCGUCAGCGCUGAUGCAGCAACUGGUUCGUCUGCUCACAGACUUGGUAGACUAUCAGGUUCAGCAGAAGACUUGCACCAAACUUCCACCAGACCUCCAAAGCUUCUUAGAAUGGCUCACAUACCCCAAGGACGAUGCUCAGGAGCAUGAACCGGACAUACAGACUUUCAGGACUCCGUAUCAGGAAGAAGAAAUCAUGGAGGAGUUACAGGAUCUUCAGAAUGAAGAAAAGGUAGAUCGCCUUGAAGAACCCAGACCAGCUGACAAAGCAGCGUCGAUGGAUAUCAGAACACAUUACCUGGACUGUUUACACUCGGUCCAGGAUCUGCUGGACUCCUACGAGGAAUUGAACGAUGAUGAGAAGAGUAAAAUGUCAGGCGUGAAGACUUAUUUAGAAAAUCAAAUGCAAUUUCUGAACAGGCAACUUUCUGGUUACGAUUUAUUCACAUAUUAUAUCCCACAGCUUUUCGAGAAGAACAACUCACUAAGAUACAAGAGAGAACUUCAUACUAAAAAGGAUCAUUCCACAAAGCACAGACCACGGAGAAAAUUACACAAAUUCAUUAAGAACUUUGGCAAGAAACACACUAGGACUACAGCGAGCUAUUACGAUGGAAUUCAGCUAACUAUGAAAAGGAAGACAGUUAAAAACUAUGAAAGGAUAGACUCUAGAAAUCAAAAUGAUGGUGAUCAGAAACUCUCAAAGCGUAAUUUGAAAGACGUUUAUUAUAAGGCUGUAGCAGAAGCUAAGAAAUAUGCGACAGUUAAGAAUAUUCAUAAGAAAGAUGAGAUCACUCAUUUUCAGACUAGCACUUCAAUAGUUCAUCACUAAAACUACAAAUUUCAAUAAGCUAUCAAUCUUUUCAUUUUGUAACUGGAGAUAGGAGUAUAACGUUACUUGUAUGCAGCUAAUGUUGAAAGUUCUAUCUCUAGUAGUCAAACCAAAAGAUGGAUAAGUUAUUGAAAUCGGUUGUAAAUAAUCUUGUGUAUAUUUUAGACUAGCUUCAGCCAGUUCUUUCAGCAAAUACUAUUCAGGAUACAUGGUCUAUCUAAAACUGAAAGAUUUUUCAAAUUGACCCAGCAAGUCUUGAAAUUAGUGUCUUCAGACAAACACUCCAGUUUUAUAAUAUUAGUAUAGAUUUACAAUAAAGAUAAAAAAAACGAAAACUAAAAAACUUAGUAGGUGGUAUAGAUUGUAUAAUUUGCCCUUAAUUUUAUAUCCGUGUAUCUUUCCAUAACCUAUCUAUUCUUUUUUUGAGACUUCGCAAAUCAAUGGAUAGCUAGCUAGAUAAUCGGUAUUAUUGAUAUUUGAUUAUGAACCUUAUUACAAGGUGUUAAGUUUGAUUUUUGUCUGCCACUUGUCUGAUCUUUUCUCCUUAGACAGUAUCUGUCGAUUACGUACUAGCUUUGUAAAUGUUUUAAAGUAUUUGAUUUUUUUAAUGGCAUUAUUUGUAGUAGAGUUUAUUUUUAGGAUUUAUGCGACAUAGAAAAAAAUAAAAAUUAU